AUGGGUUACCUCAAUUACGAGCCUGAUUCGUCAGUGGCAGACUUCACCAUCUCCAAACAAGCCUACCUCACUUCCCGCCCAGAAGUCUCUUUUGGAUACGUCGCAUCCAGUUCCCUCGUCUUGGACGCAACAGCCACCUCGGAGCAUCGUAUUCUCCUUUUACAGCGCGCUGAAACCGACGACGAUGCCGGCAAGUGGGAGCCUCCAGGUGGUGCUUGCGAUGACUGCGAUAAGAGCAUCUUGAGUGCUGCCGCACGUGAGCUGCAUGAAGAAGCAGGUCUCGAUGCGAAAUGGAUCGGUGGCCCUGUCGACAAACCCCAUUUCUUCACUCUUGACGACGGGAAAAGGGUCUGCCAGUUCGACUUUAUGGUUCGCGUAGAUACGAACAACCAAGCAGUGAAGAUAUCCCCGGAUGAGCAUCAGCGCUUUAUCUGGGCUACUGAGCACGAGGUGAAGUCGAGGAAAGUGGGCGAUAUUGAUAUCGAGUUCACGAGAGGUGAAGUUCGGCGAACAGUGUUGGCAGCAUUCCAUCACGCAAGCAACAUCCACGUUUGA